GUCACCUGGAACGGCUUCCUGUAAAAACCUGCAAAUCGUGAAGCUUUUGGAACGCAACUUAUAGCGUGUGCUAAAAAUGUGCCGAUUCAUUAUAUUUUAUUUUUUAGUAGCGAUAAAACUUACUAUGUGAAUAUGUAUUAUAUACCUAAUUCUUGGAUAAUACUCGUUUUGUUUUUAUGGUAUCCGAUACUGCUCGGGGUCUUUAGUUUCCCACUUCCCACGUCCCACCUUUAUUCGUUGUGGCUUGCUUUGACAUUCGCUACUUUUCUUCAGUAUUUGCUCUUUGCGCCAUAUUCUAAACAUUUGUCAACAGCGCACAAAAAUCAAAAUAGUUUCCGAUAUUUAUAUAACUUUUUAAUGUUAAAAGCUUUUGAAACUUAUAAAAAAUUGAAAUGCCACGAAACCUAAAUGCAGAACGUGACAACCCAUGUUUGCAGGAACAGGAACUGUCAUUCAAAUGCCUCAGCAAAUACAACUACGACAGGGACAAGUGCGAGGUAUAUUUCGCGAACUACAACAAUUGCAAGGAGUUUUGGAAUAAAGUGCGGUCAGAUCGUCGUGCUAAGGGAAUUGCGCCUUAUCUCCCACCUGUGGAAGAACGAGCCGAUAUCAAAGCGGAAUAUUUUAGGUCCAAGCCACCUCAAAAUUAGCGACACUACUGAUAUAUAUGUAAAGGUUUUUAAAGUUGUUUUUCUAUAUUAAUUUUAGUAACUCGCUGCUAAACAAAACUUUGAAUUAUAAAUCAAUUCGUCUUUAAA